AUGCCUGGUCUGAUGAGCAACCUCGAUCUCAUGAAGGAGGCAGAUGCCUUUCCUUAUGAAGACUCGGAACCAGAAGCUUACAAGGCUCUUAGCGAUACAUUGUAUACGCUCAUCUGGAAAGGCGGGCAUCCCUUGGGCUACAUGCUCGAUUCUGUCCUCAAGACCCUCCUCGAUACACCUGAGGAGAUUCGUGGACCCGUCAUUGUUGAUGAAGCGAAACGCACGGUACGUGCUUUCGAGUUGCCGACGGAAGCGGAGAGGACUGCUCGUGUGGCGGGUUUGAUGAAGUACUGGCGAGAGAAUAAGACUUUCGAUAUACUGAGGGGCUGGCGUAAUGAGUUAUGGCCAAUCUAUGGGAAAGACGAUGAGGUCAUUUAUAGUGCUGAGCGUAGUGGCACGGGAUUAUUAGGAAUUAUGCGAUAUGGAGUGCAUAUGACAGGUUAUGUCAAGGAUGAGACGGCGAGCUACGGCAUGAAGAUCUUGGUCGCCCAGAGAGCUGCUAACAAGUCGACAUACCCUGGCAUGCUGGAUAAUUCUGUGGCGGGUGGUCUAAUGACUGGUGAAGAUCCCUUCGAAUGCAUAAUUCGCGAGGCAGAUGAGGAAGCGAAUCUUCCUGAGGAGCUUAUGCGUGAGCGGGCUAAAUUUACUGGCAUGGUCACUUACAUCUAUAUCACGGAUGAGAGAGCUGGUGGUGAGGCUGGUCAGAUUUAUCCCGAGACCCAAUGGGUCUACGAUAUCGAAUUACCGACCGAUUUCGUCCCUACGCCCAACGAUGGCGAGGUAGCGAACUUCUACUUAUGGACGGUGGAGGAAGUGCAACAGAAGCUGGCCGAAGGUCGGUUUAAGCCGAACUGCGCUCUUAUCCUAGCCGACUUUUUCAUCCGUCAUAAGAUCAUGACGCCAGAAAACGAAUCCAACUAUGACGAGAUUGUGCGACGGCUGCAUCGAAAGCUCCCCUUUCCGGGUCCGCAUCAAAUCGCCCCUUCAACUGCCUCAGUCUAG